AUGGAGGCAGGUCCACCCAAACCGUAUGACCCACCGCCAGAAUAUCAGCCACCCCAAGUAGCCAGUCCAUAUGUUAGCUACAAUACAGGGCCGGUACAGACAUAUCCUCCACAGGCUGGAGCACAGCCUCCUUAUGCUCAGACCAGUAAGUCUUUAAAUACCGUGAUCAUUCAGCAGCCCCAAUCAUUGGCAAUCAGUAGUGUUGUGUAUCGUUACUCCCAGUACCCAGCUCUGGUCGUAUGUCAGCACUGCCAGGCCACAGUAACAACAAUGGUCUCCUAUGAAACAGGGCUGCUCACCUGGGCUGUUGCUGGAGCAAUAUGCAUGUUUGGGUUGUGGCUUGGCUGUUGCUUGAUUCCCUUUUGCAUCAAUGCAACCAAAGAUGUGGAGCAUCGCUGUCCCAACUGUAAAAAUGUGGUUGGAAAGUUCCGGCACUUCGGUUAA